AUGUCUUCUGUGGAGAUCAACAGUGUCGCAGUUGUCGGCGGCACCGGGACUUUGGGCAAACCCAUCGUCCGAGAACUUGUGGCCCAAGGCUUCCGCGUGACUGUCUUGUCCCGAAGCGAGAAGCGGAAUGAGUUGCCCAAUGUUGAAGUGAGAGCGGUGGAUUACAGCGAUUUCGAUUCCCUCAAGGCCGCCCUAGCAGGCCAGGACGCGGUCGUAUCGACAAUAGCAUCACCUGCUGUGGGCACAGCCCAGCAGACGGUUCUUGACGCUGCUUACGAGUGCGGAGUGAAGCGCUUCAUCCCGUCCGAGUUUGGUAUCAAUACCCGCAAGCUUCAUGGCUUGAAGAUUGCACAGAUCUUGGGCGGGAAGAUAAAGCUGGUGGAUGACCUCCAGAAAAAAGCCCAGGAAAACAAGGGCUUCACUUGGACUGGAGUAUCCAGUGGGCUCUUCUUCCAUUAUAUCGGUUUUGAUGCGAAGGCGAAGAAAGCCACCAUCUACGACUCUGGGAACGAACCUCUCCAGACGAGUAGCCUCGAGCUGAUUUCCAAGGCUGUAGCAUCUAUCUUGAAGCACCCUCAGGAUACUGCCAAUAGAUACCUAUCUAUCGCCUCGUUCCAGCCGUCCUUGAACGAGAUCCUCCAGAUUGCGGAGGACGAGACCGGUGCUAAGUGGAUUAUCGAGCGUGUAGACACAAAAGACUUGGAGAAGACGGGCGAGGACAAGCUAUCCAAUGGCGAUUUCAGUGCAUUCAGAGAGCUGCUACGUGUCCACAUCCACCGUGACGGGGACGGACAUUCUGUUCCAGAGGAUGAGCUGGCUAACGGGCUGUUGGGACUGCCUCAAGAGGACUUGCGUAACUCGGUUAGGAAGUGGCUAGGUUAA